AUGUACGCCAUCUGCAGCCUCUUCGCCUACGCGGCCUUUUACGUCGUCGACAGCGGCUGGGCGUCGGACCGCGACGCCGCGGGCUUCGUCGCGGGCCUGCUCGGGUCCGCGGUGACGCUGGGCCGCAUCCCCGUGGCCGCGCUGUGGGGCGCCGCGGCGGACGGCUUCGGCCGGCGGCGCUGCGUCGUCGCGAGCAUGGCGGCGCUCGCCGUCGGGCAGGUCGCCUUCGGGGUCGUCGAGUCGCUGCCGGCGGUCCUCGCGAGCCGCGCGCUCCUCGGCGCGUCCUGCGGCUGGCCCGUCGUCUUCCCCAUCUACGCGUCCGAGGCCCUGGGCCCGGAGAAGCAGAGCCUGCUCAUCGGCCGCGCGAUCGCGUUCGGCGGGCUCAGCAUCCUCGCGGGCCCGGCCGUCGGCGGCGCGACCUACGGGCUCCUGCCCGAGAAGGGGGCGAAGGCCAUCGAGGCGCCGCCGCCGGAGCACGAGCCCUGGUGGGUCGGCUUCCGCGCCAUCUCCGGCGGGCCGCUCCUGUCCGUGACGGCGAGCCGCAUGAUCUUCGGCUUCAACGAGUUCGCGGCGAACGAGGCGACGAGCCUCUGGGCCGUCUCCACGCGGCGGAGCGGCGGGCUGGAGCUGUCGCACGGCGCGCUCGGCGCGCUGCUCGCGGCCGCGGCGCUACCGCCGCUGGCCUUCUCCGCGACCGCGUUCCCGGCGGCGGAGCGGCGCGCCGGCGCGCGGCGCGCGACGUCGGCCGCGGCCGCGGCCGCCGCGCUCAGCGUCGCCGCGAUGCCCUUCUCGCGUUCGCCGUGGGCCGCGGGCGUCGCGAUGGCGCUCCACGGCGCCGGCUACAUCUGCGGCCAGAUCGGCAUCCUGACCAUCACGAACAACGCCGUCGAGUCGAGUCGACGAGGUCGCGUGGGCGGCGCGAUGAGCACGGCCGAGGCCGUCGCGAAGGGGCUCGGCCCGUGGAGCGCGUCGGUGCUCUUCGCCGAGUCGAUUCGCUCCGGCGGCGCCGCGUUCCACGCCGCCGUCUUCCUCGGGCUCGCGGCGCUCUACGCGACCGCGGCGGUCCUCGCACGCUCUCUCCCGGCGCGCGUCGACGCCGCCGCGUCCUAA